AUGGGCGGUGUUGGUAAUGGCGACAUCAUCCUUUGGGACUUUGAAGUGAAGGCAAGACGAAAACUGGUGAAGAUGCCCUCAGCAGUGAAUGCCCUUUCAGUGAACCUGGUGUCUUGGAAGUCAGUCUUUACAUUUACAUGUCUUUACACAUGUGUAUGCGAGUUGAGUACAUGA